AUGCCAACGACUGCAUCCUACACUUUCAUGCGCACCAUCGAAGGCAUCGGAACCGGCGGAGCUAUCAUUACUUCAUACGUUCUUUGCAUCGAGUUUAUUGGAACAAGAUAUAGAGAAAUAGUGACAGCACUGUUCAACAUCCCGGUCAACAUAGGUCACAUGACUUUGCCACUCAUUUCAUACUUACUGCCGCAUUGUGACCAAUUCCAAUUGACAAUUUCAAUUCCGAUGUUCUUCUAUGUAUUCCUUCCAUGGAUGGUUAUGGAAUCGCCGAAAUGGUUACUGGAUAGCGGUCGACAUGACAGAGCUAUAUUUGUUAUGGAAAAUGUAGCCAAAUUGUAA